AUGUAUGACGACUCCUACGUGCCCGGGUUUGAGGACUCGGAGGCGGGUUCAGCCGAUUCCUAUACCAGCCGCCCAUCUCUGGACUCAGACGUCUCCCUGGAGGAGGACCGGGAGAGUGCCCGGCGGGAAGUGGAGAGCCAGGCUCAGCAGCAGCUUGAAAGAGCCAAGCACAAACCUGUGGCGUUUGCUGUGAGGACCAAUGUCAGCUACUGUGGCGUGCUGGACGAGGAGUGCCCAGUCCAGGGCUCUGGAGUCAACUUUGAGGCCAAAGAUUUUCUGCACAUUAAAGAGAAGUACAGCAAUGACUGGUGGAUCGGGAGGCUAGUGAAAGAGGGUGGGGACAUCGCCUUCAUCCCCAGCCCCCAGCGCCUGGAGAGCAUCCGGCUCAAGCAGGAGCAGAAGGCCAGGAGAUCUGGGAACCCCUCCAGCCUGAGUGACAUUGGCAACCGACGCUCCCCUCCUCCAUCUCUAGCCAAGCAGAAGCAAAAGCAGGCAGAACACGUUCCCCCGUAUGACGUAGUGCCCUCCAUGCGGCCUGUGGUGUUGGUGGGACCCUCUCUGAAAGGUUAUGAGGUCACAGACAUGAUGCAGAAGGCUCUCUUCGACUUCCUCAAACAUAGGUUUGAUGGCAGGAUCUCCAUCACCCGUGUCACAGCAGACCUCUCACUGGCAAAGCGGUCCGUGCUCAACAAUCCGGGCAAGAGGACCAUCAUCGAGCGCUCCUCUGCCCGCUCCAGCAUUGCGGAAGUCCAGAGCGAGAUCGAGCGCAUAUUCGAGCUGGCCAAAUCCCUGCAGCUGGUAGUGCUGGAUGCCGACACCAUCAACCACCCGGCGCAGCUGGCCAAGACCUCACUGGCCCCCAUCAUCGUCUUUGUCAAAGUGUCCUCCCCAAAGGUCCUCCAGCGCCUCAUCCGCUCCCGGGGCAAGUCACAGAUGAAGCAUCUGACCGUACAGAUGAUGGCUUACGAUAAGCUGGUCCAGUGCCCACCAGAGUCAUUUGAUGUGAUUCUAGAUGAGAACCAGCUGGAGGACGCCUGUGAGCACCUGGCGGAGUACCUAGAGGUCUACUGGAGGGCCACCCACCACCCAGCUCCUGGCCCUGGGCUUCUGGGCCCUCCUAGUGCCAUCCCCGGACUUCAGAACCAGCAGCUGCUGGGGGAGCGCGGCGAGGAGCACUCCCCCCUGGAGAGGGACAGCUUGAUGCCUUCAGAUGAGGCCAGCGAGAGCUCCCGCCAAGCCUGGACAGGCUCUUCACAGCGCAGCUCCCGCCACCUGGAGGAGGACUAUGCCGACGCCUACCAGGACCUGUACCAGCCGCACCGCCAACACACCUCGGGGCUGCCUAGUGCUAACGGGCAUGACCCCCAAGACCGACUCCUCGCCCAGGACUCGGAGCACAACCACAAUGACCGGAACUGGCAGCGCAACCGGCCCUGGCCCAAGGAUAGCUACUGACCACCUCCCGCUGCCCUCCCCUGGUGGGCGCAGGCACAACUGACUGGGGGGCCCACUCCAGGCAGGUUGGAGGUAGACUGGCAGUAGGCUGGCACUAGGUUCAGCCCCCACAACCCCCUGCCCAGCCCCAGCUCCAGGGCUGCCUGUGGUCCCAAGGUUCUGGGAGAAGCAGGGAGCCCCCUUACCUCCUGGGCACAGUGACCCCCCCUAGGCUCCCAUUCCAGGUACUAGCUGUGUGUGCUGCACCCCUGGCACCUUCCUCUCCUGCACAAAAAGCUGCCCCACUGGGCAGUGCCCUCAGGCCAGGAUCCCCUUCACAGGGGCCUUCCCACCAGACUCAGGGAAGGGAUGCCCCCUCCAAGGGACAAGAGGGUGGGGGUGUGGACAGCAUGGCAUGCGGCAGAAACAAGGUCCCUGAGCGGGCACGAGUCCUAAUGGUCAAGGGACUCAGGGGUUGUGCUUUGGGGUUCGAGGUCCUCCACUCACCUCACUACCACACAUUAGAAACGAGACAAUCAGAGCCCAACAAGGUGACACUCCUGUCCGUCGUCAGCUGGAGUGGGGCACCCACACACGAGGCUGGAGCAGCAGGCAGGCGAGGCUGGGGCCAGUAGCUCCCCAGCAGAUCUCUUCACCUGCCAGGAAAGCUUCUUGACAUCUGCCAGCACCAGAGACCGGAGCAUGGUCAAGCCCAGCGGGUGGCGGGCAGGAGCCAAGCUGGGUUGAGGUUUUGGGAAGGGAGGGCGUGUAUAGCGGAGGACGUAUGGAACAGCUUCGGGGGCCUCCAUGUCCCCCUCAUUCUUUUGCUCUUGCAUCCUGUCCUUUCUGUUCUUGGCCCUCAUGCCUCCUGGGGAAUAUGGGCCCAACUUUAUUUGCUGAUUCAUAGCUGCUGCUUGUUAAGUUAGGGUUAGGUGGGGAGAGAGGGACACAGUGGACAGCCCCCAGAGGCCCUGUCUAACCAACUACCCUUGCCUUAUGGCUCUAGUGUGUGACCUACAGAGCAUGUUCCACAAGAUCCCCACCUCACUGUCAUCACUAAUAAACACCAUGCACAG